AUGAUCCAAUUCAGAAACAAGAACAACAGUAUGAAUCGGAUAGCGCGUCACUUACGAAAUGUGGCACGCCGAAAAGGCUCGUCGCUGCUUCUGUUUCUAAUGCUAAGUACCGUACUGGUCGCGGCAAAAGAGGACGACCCCGCCCGACUAGUCGUCCGUCCAGACUCAUCAACCGUCGUCGAUGAAUCGAAAAUCUCAUUUUUCUGUCGAGCAGAUGGAAAUCCGUUGCCUAGUGUGAUUUGGAGAGUCAAUGGAAAAUCCAUAACAGAUCAUAAUCGAAUAUCAAUAAAAUCCUUGGCCACCGGCUUAUCGACUCUCCGUUUCGAACGUGUCUCUCUGGAUGACAAUGCGACUGUUGUGUCCUGCUCGGCUGAUAAUGGAGUUGCCAAUCCAGUUGUCGCAGAAGCAUCACUAACCGUUGUCCCACGAGACAAAGUUCCGAUUGGGUUCCCUCAAAUUGAACUUCAUCCAUCAUUGAAGUCGGUCGAACAGGGGAAAACUGCUUAUGUCUCUUGUCGGGUCCGAGGAGAUCCUCGAGCAAAAGUCCUUUGGCUCCGUGACCUGAUCCCGCUAGACAUUCGUGCAGAUGGUAGAUACUCUGUAAGUACAAUCGGAAACCCUGGAGCCCUGAUGAUUCAGCAUGCUCGAGAAGAAGAUCAGGGAAAAUACGAAUGCAUUGCAAGGAAUACAUUAGGAGUUGCUCACUCGAAAGCCGCAAAUCUUUAUGUUAAAGUUCGCCGAGUUCCUCCCUACUUCUCUUACAAAUUGGAACGUCAAUAUGUUGUUGGCGUCGGCGGGAAUAUCAACUUGACAUGCGUUGCCGUGGGUUAUCCAAUGCCACGUGUCUUCUGGAAAAAGACCGAUUUGAUGGUACUUGACGAUCCUUCUACUGCUCCAAUUGGCAAAAAUGUGCUCACACUGACACACGUGGAAUCGACUGAAAACUUCACCUGUGUUGCUGUCAGUGCUCUCGGAAACAUUGAGGCAACAACGACAGUCAUAGCUAAAGAACUUCCUCCGCCACCAGUCAACAUUGUUGUCUCAUCAGUAACUUCUGAAUCUGUAGUGAUUACCUGGAAGCCACCGAAAUACAAUGAAGCUAUCAAUAAAUACGUGGUUAAUUAUAGGCUCAAAUAUUCCGAAGGUAGAUCAUCGCGUGGUAAAACCAUGGAGACACUAGAGAAUAGCCUGGUUAUAGACGGUCUUGUUGCGUUUCAGACAUACGAAUUCACAGUUCGAAGUGCCGGUCCAGUUGGCGUUGGUUUAGAGUCAUUACCAGUUGAGGCCCAAACAAAACCAAGUAAACCAGCAACAGCUCCCGUCAGUCCACAAGCCAGAAGUCUGAAUCGCGAUUCGAUUCUGGUGAAAUGGGGUCCAUGUGAGCAACCAAACGGGCUCAUAACAGGAUAUAAAGUGUAUUACACAAAUGAUCUGGUUACAACUCCGAUUCGAGAAUGGAAACAACACGACGCGAAAUCAGACGAAUUCAUGACCACCAUCAAUGGCCUCGAACCUGAUUCAAGAUAUUUCGUACGAGUGAUUGCUCAAAACUCUGAAGGCGAUUCCCCAUUAUCCACAUUGGUUACGGUAGCAACCCGUCAAGGAAUCCCUGGCCAACCUCCAAUGUUGACGGUUAAAGCGCUCGACUCGAGGCGAAUGCAAUUGACAUGGGACAAACCUCUUUACUCGUCUCCAGUUGUUGGAUACACUGUCCGAUAUAACACUUCGGAUGGAGAAAAGGAGCUGACAUUGACAUCUCCUCAUGAAAAGCAUGUGGUGACUGGAUUGCAUCCGGAUAAGUAUUAUUACUUUAGAGUUGCUGCUUACUCGGAUAGAGGACAGGGAGAGUUCACUGAACCAAUGAUUUCCAAAACGAUUGCAUCGAUACCUCUAUCCUCUCCAACAAUUGUGUCUGCGGCGGCAACGUCCUCGAAAAGUGUGGAAAUCCGAUGGAAGGGUCCCGAACAGAAAAAGUUGAACGGCGUCUUGACGGCUUAUCGGAUUAACUACUUUCGUCUCGAGGACUCUAAAACUGCAAAUUUGGAAUCGGUUGAGUACGACGAGGAUAUGGACGAUUCCUCUUCAUUUCUUGAUCGAAUGUCUGUUGUGGUGCCUAGUGAUGCGACCUCUUAUGUUCUAUCCGAUCUUCUACCGUACUCAUCCUACGAGAUUACUGUCGCAGCGUCGACAAUGGAUGGAUACGGCCCGGAAAGCUCGAUUCGUGUUGUGAAAACUCUUGAGGAUGUACCAUCAGCGCCUCGAAACUUCAAUGCAGAGCUGACCAGUGCCACAUCGGUCAAACUGACAUGGGAUGCUCCAGCAGCGGCCAACGGAGCCCUUCUCGGCUACUACGUGUACCUGGAUCGAAUGGUGAACGGAGAACCGGUCGUUGAAAAGGGCAGCAAGAAGCGAAUAGUAAUGAUUCGAGAUUCUUCGAAACGAUACUUUGAGCUGGAUAGUCUCGACCCGAACACCGAGUACUCGUUCCGAUUGAACGCAUUCAACAGAAACGGGGAUGGAGAGUUUUCGGAGCGGAAAAGCAUCAUCACACAGGGAAUUCCCCCCGAAGCGCCCGAGAUCGUGUCUGUAUCACUGGAUCGCGACGAGCCACCCGUCGUAGCCAGAAUUGAGUGGAAGAUGCCGAAAAUGAAGCCGAACGAGACACCGAUAGAAAAGUACAAUCUAUGGUUACGCGCACAAGGAUAUCCGGACUCAUAUGUCAAGGCGAAGACAGUCGACGGAACCGAUCUAUCAACUACUAUUUCUGGUCUUUGGAUGGGAGUAGUGUAUGAUGUUCUGCUUGCCGCUGAAAAUCGAGAAGGACGAUCCCAAAAUGCCACAGAAACCAUCGCAACGCCGGUUGGAAGUCCCGAUGGUGAACCGAUUGAUGUUCAGUACGAAGUGAUGAAAGGAAAGAUCGUCGUUUCAUGGAGGCCCCCAUCUGAGGAGAAGAGAAAUGGUAACAUCACAAGUUACAAGGCCAUUUUGUCGGCGAUGGAUGCUACUGCGGAUCGAUAUGAGCAACCGGUGCCUGCUCCUUCCACAUCAUCGACAUUCGAGGUGAACGUACGCAGAGCCUACCUGUUCAAAGUAGCGGCCGCCACAAUGAAGGGUAUCGGACCCUACUCGCCAGUGCUCACAAUCAACCCCGAUCCAGCUGCACUUGUCGGACCUCCUACCAAUGUUCGCGUUGAAGCCACAAGCAAUUCGACAGCAGUUGUGCAAUGGGAUUUCGAAUCACAGAAGGCUGACUCAUUUGUUGUCAAGUACAUGCACGAGCCUGGAAACCGAAUGGACACAGAAAAGUGGAAGCAGUUGCCCGUUGUGAGCAUAGAUAAAGAGAACCCAAAACGAUUUGCAGUGGUCUCCGACUUGAACGCGCAUAAGCCAUACGCAUUUUGUGUGUUGGCCGUUAAGAAUAAUCGACAAGGGCCUUGCUCUGAUCCUCCGACUGUCCUUGAGAGUGUCACGCCGACGUAUAUGGUUCAAAACCUGAGGGUUCUGUGGAAGACUAGCAACUCUGUGCAGCUCACGUGGGAGUAUAAUGGUCCGCGAAACGUCGGAUUCUAUGUUAAUCACACUGGACGGAAGGAUUAUGUGAAUCAUGAGCUCCAGGAGAAAACGAUGUCGACACCAGGAUUUGGUCAAGAUGUUGAUGAGAAGCAUCGUGAAUAUUUGUGGACGAAUCUUCGGCCUCAUAUGAUGUACACGAUACAUGUUGGAGUAAGAACGCUUCCACCUGGAGCCAGAAAGUAUUGGCCUCAAGAAGUGGUUACAAUCACUGAUCCAACUGGACCACCUUUUGUCGAUGUUCCUAAAUUGGUUGAUUCCUCCGGAACUCAACCAGGACAGCAGAUGAUCAGAUUGACACCUGCUACGGAAGAGUAUGGACCUAUUUCUCAUUAUUGGAUUAUACUUGUUCCAGCGAAUUAUAGCACGGAAGAUGUCGUAAACCUGGAUCCAAUUGAAUUGGAAAAAGCUACGGCUGAAAAGCGCGCCCAGCUUGCCAGAUCCUUGAGCGUGUCUCCAUCGAAAAAGUUGAAACGAAAAGCUUCGGAAGUUGGAGAUGAUUCGCAAAGCGCAUCUUACCAUCCGAAGGAGAAGCGAGCUCGUCGAGCAACCGUGCCAGGAGCAUAUGUGACUGCAAGGUUGAGUGCUGAUCGAGUCAAGCAACAAUACAGGAAUAAUCAACCAUUUAUUGUGGGAGAUUCACAGUUGUAUGACGGGUUCACCAACUACCCACUCGAGCACAACCUUCACUACCGACUGAUGAUGCGGGCGUUUGCGAAAAAUGAUGUGCGAACCAAGGACAGUUUCGAACAACGUGCACCAAUGAGCGAGAAGCUGUCCCGUAUGUACUCUGAUUCUGUUCUAACUGAGCCAUUCACAAUCAAAUCGGCUCUUCGCGGAGCUUCGCAGAAGUCGUCUCCUUGGGUUGGAGCGUGCAUCGCCUUCUUGGUCUUGUUCUCGAUUGUUGGAAUGCUGAUAUGUUGGUGGUUGCGUUGCAAUAAGAAGUCUGCUGGACGGCAUCCACGACAUGGUUCUAUCACAAAGGUUGCGUUGACUGGAAAUAUUAUGAAUGGAGGUGGUGGAAUACCUGGAGAAACAAGCAAGUUAUUAUCGACUUCCAAUGAAUACGGACGACAGAUUAUGAACCCCUAUGAGCAGAUGAAUGGAAAUCAUCAUAUGGAAUCAUCGAUGGAUCUUUAUCCUUUGCCAACAAGUCACUCUAGAUCUAAUGGAUAUGCACCUGUUCCUGUCGCAAUACCAUCUCUUCCAAAUAAUGGAAACAAUAUGACUACAGUAUCCCAUCCAGCUGUUCCGAUAGCUGAACUUGCGAAUCAUAUCGAGAGGCUUCGAAUGAACAAUAAUGCAGGAUUCCAGUCAGAAUUUGAAUCUAUUGAAACUGGACAACACUUCACUUGGGAACACUCGUCUGCUGAUAUGAAUAAGCAUAAGAAUCGAUACGCGAAUGUGGCUGCCUAUGAUCAUUCCAGAGUUGUACUUUCCAAUGUUGAAGGAUAUCCAGGAAUGGAUUACAUCAACGCAAAUUAUGUGGAUGGAUAUGACAAACCAAGAAGCUACAUUGCCACCCAGGGACCACUCCCGGAAACAUUUUCGGAUUUCUGGAGAAUGGUUUGGGAGGAGCAAUCGGUUACAAUUGUGAUGUUAACAAAUCUGGAGGAACGAAGUCGAGUGAAAUGUGAUCAAUACUGGCCGAGUCGGGGAACUGCCACAUAUGGAGAUAUCGAGGUGACACUGUUGGAAAGCGUUCAUUUGGCUCAUUAUACGAUGAGAACGAUGCGAUUGAAAAUGGUUGGAGAACCUGAAGUUCGAGAGAUCAAGCAUCUACAGUAUACUGCAUGGCCGGAUCAUGGAGUUCCCGAUCAUCCGACACCGUUUUUGAUCUUCCUGAAGAGGGUGAAAACGCUGAAUCCAAACGAUGCAGGACCAAUCAUAUCGCAUUGUAGUGCUGGAAUUGGAAGAACUGGAGCCUUCAUUGUGAUUGAUUGUAUGCUGGAACGUCUCCGCUACGACAAUACAGUUGAUAUCUAUGGAUGUGUUACUGCGUUGAGAGCACAGAGGAGUUAUAUGGUACAAACUGAAGAGCAAUACAUCUUUAUUCAUGACGCUGUCCUUGAUGCGGUGAACAGUGGAUCCACAGAGGUUCCUGCCAGUCGGUUGCAUCAACAUUUGCACAUUCUUUCACAACCAUCAGCUGAUCAAUUGUCUGGAAUUGAUAUGGAAUUCAGGCAUUUGACGACACUGAAAUGGACCAGCAAUCGGUGUACUGUUGCGAAUCUUCCGGUAAAUCGACCAAAGAACCGGAUGCUCAGCGCAGUACCGUAUGAUUCGAAUCGAGUAAUAAUGAGAUUGCUUCCUGGAGCUGACGGAUCCGAUUACAUCAACGCAUCAUGGAUUGACGGUUACAAAGAGCGCGGAGCCUACAUUGCCACUCAAGCACCAACUAACGAGACAGCCGCAGAUUUUUGGCGAGCAAUUUGGGAGCAUAACAGCCCGAUAAUCGCCAUGCUGGUACGGACAAACGAACGAGGACAAGAGCAAUGUAGUGACUAUUGGCCAUUGGAAACUGGAGUUCAAGUUGGAAUGCUCGUCGUUGAGCCGAUGGCUGAAUAUGAUAUGAAACAUUAUCAUCUUCGAGAGUUUAGGAUUUCGGAUAUUAAUACUCGCGAAGUCCGAACCGUUCGUCAAUUCCAUUUCAUGGAGUGGCCUGAUGUCGGAAAGCCGCACACAGCAGAUCACUUCCUCGACUUUGUCACCCAAGUUCACAAUACGUAUGCUCAAUUCGGAUGUACUGGCCCGAUUACAGUACACUGUUGCUCUGGAGCCGGACGCACUGCAGUCUUCAUCGCACUUUCGAUCAUUUUGGAUAGGAUGCGUGCUGAGCAUGUUGUUGAUGUUUUCACAACGGUUAAACUGCUCCGAACAGAACGUCAAAACAUGAUUCAAGAGCCAGAGCAGUAUCACUUCCUGUAUCUAGCUGCAUAUGAGUACCUAGCCGCCUAUGACAAUUUCUCGUAGAUAUCCCUUUCACCCCCAGUUUGCUUCUAGUUGAAAACUCCCGGUAGAAUUGUUCGAUCUUUCACACAUUUUUUAACACAAUUUUCUAUUUUUUUGUAUUCCAAAAAUUACAUAUAAUUUACUGACAAAAACGCACUUCUCCCACUACACGAACGGGUUCAAUUUUGUAAUUGUUCUGUGUCCUUUUGCCUCGGAAAUUUUCAUUCUCUUUCUUUCCAAAAUGUUACGGGUUACUGUACCCCAUCCAUUAACACUCUUCUCUUAUCCAUAGUUCUCCACCCAAUCCAUUGCUCAUGUCUCUCAAACACCCCCCCGGAUUGUUUGUAAAUAUUCGAAGUCUCUUUUUUCUACAUCAUCAUCAUUGCUGUUCAGCCAUCUUUUUCUAAUAAUAUUGUAUUCGUUGGUAUGUGAUCUUUGUUCUCUUACACCGACUUUGGCAGAUUGCUUUAAUGAACUAAUUUCUAU